GAGGCUGCCGUGGCUUAUGUAAUGUAAUCAUACCCACUUGACAUAAGAUAGGUCAGGUGAUUUACAUCAGGCAGCUAGCUAGUCGCCUCAUCUUGAAAGAAUGAAUAAAUACAGCCCACAAUGCCCAUUCUGCAAUAUUCACUUGCUAUAUCAUUUAAAGUCAGCACAUACCUUAAUAAUGGCUGACACUAAGGAUAUCGAAGUUCGGGAAGAAGAACUCAGCUACUUGGAAGACAAAGUUGUGUCUUCUGUAUUCCCCUUGCUGACAGAAAAAACCACCGGGGUGUGGCGGUCUGUGGACAAAUCGGACAAUAUUCAACGGUGCCUGGAUGAAUCUAUAUUGAAGUUAGUUAAAGUGCAUUUAAGCAAGAAGUGCCAUGGUUUUCUUGUACUACGAAUGCGCCCGUCAACAAUGCCGAUCUUUCAAUCUGGGAUUUUAAUGCCAUUAUUGGAAAGCGAUGGCUGCAGUGUUAUCGACGAUAAUGGAAAAACUCUCAGUAAGCUAGAGUUUGGGAAGAAAUUAUGUCUACCAGUACAAGUUGAUCCACACAAACUCAAUCUUCAUGUUGAAAAAGGCGCUUUUUUAUGUUUUCUUUGGAUUCAUAGGACUCCAGCUGAUCUCCAGCAGCGGAGUAUUGAGGGUACUGCUGAAAAGGAAGUUUAAUACUGUGAGACAGUGACUCUUUGUAGAUAGCCUAAUUCACUAUUUCAGGUUGAUAAAUCCAGU